AUGCGUCUACCGUUGAACUCACGUAUAUCACAGAUACGUAAUGAUUUAUUCCGAAUCAGUGGUAUACCAGUGCCAAGUCAAAUAUGGUCAGUUAAACCACAAAAUAAUCUUCUAGUCAAUGAACAAAUACCUUCCAAUGCAGUCUUGGAUUCAUUAGUUAUUCAUUUAAAUCAUCGUUUUAAUCAACAGCAGAAACAUAGAUCCACAUCCUCAAAACUUCAAGACUCGUCUACUACACUUAUUGAUGUUGCUCCUGUACAAACGUCUAUUCGUGACAAUCCAACACUAGCUGAUCUUGGCUUAAAAUCAGGCGAUGUUUGUGAAUUAUGUCUGACCGCUUCACAUCCAUUCAAUAACGCUAAAAAUGCAAGUAAAACUUUAUCCUUUCAAAAUGAUCCUAUACAAUUUAAACCACUAUCAUCAACCCAACAACAACAAAACAUCACUGUCACAACAACCUCUUGA